AGCACCCCACAGCGAUUGAUGUCAUUAGAUAACUUUUCGUUUGUAUUGUUACGCGACAUACUAUGAAGACAUUUUUUAUGAUAACAUUGAUAACUUAUGUAUCAGCACUGAACGAGGAAUUGUUGCACUACGUUAGUGAUGAUGUACCUAGUGGCUCUUAUAAAUAUUAUAGCUUAACGUACGACGGUAAUAUUAAAAUACAGUUGACCUCAAUAAUAGGAGAUGCAGAUUUGUAUGCAUCGCAGAUUAUAAGCAAACCAACAUACGAGCCAGAUCAUUAUUGUCUGCAAUCAGUAACUUGUGGAGAAGAUACUAUUUUCAUACCUAAAAGCUUCAAACGGCCUGUGAGCAUUGGUGUUUAUGGUCAUCCAUCACAUGAAAUUAGUAAAUAUACUUUGUUGGUGUCUGAAGUAAUAGUUGAAGACGAUACCUCAUCUUACGACGAGACAUCAAAAAAUACUUACAAAACUUAUAUGUUAGAAUAUGAAAACCAAAUCUUCCUUGAAAUCCUUCAGGAAGAUGGAUUAGUUAUUACUGCUAAGGGUCUUGGUAUAGAAACUGUUUUUGCAAAUGUGAUAAAAGCUUAUUUGGAUCCAGGAAAUCUGGUUAUAGUCCUGGGAACCACUGAUUAUGAUGAGCAUUAUUUUAUUGAUCUACUUAAAGGUUAUGAAACAAGUAGAUUACCACUUGUAGUCAAUGCAGAAUGUCCUUCUAACGAAAGGGAAAUAAUGUAUUUGGAAGGUGGAGUGCUGUUUAUAUCGGGUCGUAUUUUGGUGGUAGAUCUGUUAAAAAAUAGAGUUCCACUGCACUUGGUCACUGGCAUUCUCGUCUACAGGGCUCACAAUAUACUCAAUACUUAUCAAGAAGCAUUUGCAUUACGUUUAUAUAGACAAAAUAAUAAGACUGGCUUUAUCAAGGCAUUCACAAAUUCGUCAUUGGCUUUUACAGUUGGAUUUGUAAAAGUAGAACGAGUUAUGAAAGCUUUAUUUGUGAAGAAAUUAUAUUUAUGGCCGCGUUUCCACGCAACUAUUAAUAAUUGCUUAUCUAAGUACGAGCCUGAUGUUAUAGAAUUACAUGUGCAAAUUACACCAAAAAUGCAAAACAUUCAAACUACUUUACUUGAUGUUAUGAAUUAUGUUGUAAAAGAAUUAAAGAGGCUUAAUAAAUAUUUAGAUUUAGACGAAUUGACUGUAGAAAAUGCAGUGGCAAAAAAAUUUCACAAGCAAUUACAUUUGCAAAUAGAUCCAAUUUGGCAUCAGCUUAGUACAACGACCAAACAGUUGUUUUCUGAUUUAAAGACAUUACGUUCCCUUAUUAUAUCUUUGACGUACGAAGAUUCUGUUUCAUUUUAUAUCAUGCUGAAUCGUUUACGGACUAUGGAAUAUGCUAUGAAAGCCGGUGGUUGGAUAAUGUUAGAUGAAUUCGAGAAUCUGUUUAAAUAUGCCAGAAGCAGAGUUUAUACAGAAAAGAAUGAACUGAAACCAGAACCAAGUCCAAAAUGGGAAGCUUUAUCAGAAGUCUUGUUUGAAAUUCAAGAACAGAAACAUAAGAAAAGGAACUAUGAAAAUAUUGAUAAAGUUCUUAUCUUGGUACAUGAUAAUAAUAUAUGUCGUCAAUUAAAGAAUUAUUUAACUAUGGGUGCAAAUGAAUACUUACUUUAUGAAUCUAUGAAAAAACUAUCGCAUAAUAAAGAACAAAAAAUAAGUGACAAUAAUGGAAAGAAAACGAAAGAUCAGCCAUCGACAUCUGAAAGUAAUAUAGAUGAAGAAACGGAAGACAUUCAAGAUACUUAUGUGCUCACCUUGUCACAAAAAUGCGUAGAAGGAACUCAAUCCAAUACUUCUACAGAAGAUAUAAAAUAUCAAACAUUGUUUGAAGAAUGUUCGCAAAUUGCAGAAUUGGAUUUGACUAGAGAACAUUAUGCAGCAUCUGCACCCGUCGUUUUCAUACAAGCCAUAAAGAAAGGAGGAGAUCCAAUGGCUUUACAACGAAUGUUAACCGAGCAUAUACCAAACAAUAUCAUUUUGUAUGCAAACGAUAUCGGUAUCGUGAGGCAAUUAGAGAUAUAUCAGAAUAACAAUCCAUCAUUAGAUUUAAAAGUGUAUUUUUUAAUUUAUGGCGGAUCGAUUGAGGAACAAGAAUAUCUUACCUCCUUACGACGAGAAAAGGAAGCAUUUGAAUCGUUGAUUACUGCAAAAACUACUAUGGUUGUGCCAGAAGAUCAAGAUGGAAAAUCCGACGAUUGUUUGGCUCUUGCAAUUCAAUCAGAUGAUGCGAAUCAGGAAAAUACGCGUAAAGGAGGGAUGCAAUCUGAAGCUAAAAUAAUUCCAAAAGUUAUUGUCGAUAUGAGAGAAUUUAGAAGUGAGUUACCAGCUAUACUCUAUACGCGCGGUAUAAAAAUCGAACCAGUGACAUUAGUGGUGGGUGAUUAUAUAUUAACACCAGAAAUAUGUAUUGAAAGGAAAAGUAUAUCUGAUUUAAUUGGUUCUUUACUUUCUGGGAGAUUGUAUAAUCAAGCACUUUCUAUGACAAGGCAUUAUGCUAAACCUAUGCUUCUUAUAGAAUUUGAUCAAAAUAAACCAUUCUGUUUUCAGGGAAAUUAUUAUGUUAGUAAAGAUCUUAAAAGUAAUGACAUAAUGGCAAAACUGCAAUUAUUAACUCUUCAUUUUCCUAAACUAAAAAUUGUAUGGUCUCCUAGUCCACAUGCUACAGCGCAAUUGUUUGAAGAAUUAAAGCAAGGACGAGAUCAGCCUGAUUCAAAUAUAGCUGCUAAAAUCGGAGCAGAUGAAGAUACCGAAAAGCAAAUAAUGGUAGAAAAAUAUAAUUCUCACAUCCAAGAUUUUAUAACUAAAUUACCGGGUGUACAUUCGAAAAAUUUGCGUGUUCUAUUAAAUAAAGGGAAAUCAUUAGAUCAUCUUAUCAAGCUGUCACAAGAAGAACUAAAAGAAAUACUUGAAAAUAAAAAUGAUGCUGAAUUAUUAUAUAAAGCUCUACACGAGAAAUGUUUAUCAACAGAUGAAGGUCCGGGAACUAGCAAAAGUGUUUCUAAAGUACGUGGUAAGAGACUUUUCUCUAGAGUAAAAAAAUAAUGUAAAAUUUUAAAUAUUUUUAGUACA